CACUGCCUCUGAAGGCAGCACCUCAUCUGCUAAGCUAGGAAGAAAACGUAUACACGUUAGGGGACAUUAAAGAUUGUGUUCUAAGGUUGAUAUCGGAGUAUUGCCCGCUGUUUUCUGAUCAUCAUGCUCAAUCCUCAGAGAUCUCUCUCAGAACUGCCCAAGAUGUCGGCUGCCAGUCAAGUGGAGAGAGCUGUGCUGGAGGAGGAGUUCAACUGGCUUCUUAAAGAAGAAGUACAUGCUGUACUGAAACAGCUGCAGGAUGUCCUUAAGGAAGCUUCAAGACGUUUCACCAUGCCGACGCCUGGCCUAGAGAGUCAGCUCAAACAGGAAAACUUCAUCCUGGGCAGUUCAACCAUGGAUCAGGUGAAAGGAGUGCUGACGCUACAAGGAGAGGCUCUGACUCAGGCGGAUAUCAAUCUGAAGGUGGCAAAGAGCAGUCAAGUGCACCACUUCCAGUUCAGGGAGGACAAGCAGUGGAAAUUACAGCAGAUCCAGGAUGCACGAAAUCAUGUGACGCAGGCACUUCAGUUGUUAAACAGCCAUGAUGAGAACUACGACUUCAAAACAGGGGCAGAGGUUAACAAGCUAAUGGAUGCUGUGAUGCUCCAGCUGACACGUGCACGAAACCGCCUCACCACCCCAGCGUCCAUGACACUGCCUGAAUUGGCCACCAGUGGACUGAUGAAAAUGUUCACUCCUCCCAUGCCCGGUGACGUGAUGGUGAAUUUUUACAUCAAUUUAAGCAAACUGUGUCUCACCGUCUACCAGCUUCACGUGCUGCCGCCCAACACCACCAAGAAUUUCAAGCCAUCUGGAAGCUCUGUGUUGCACAAUCCCGGGGCCAUGUUUGAGCUCAACAACAACCGGUUUGAGGUGAGCCAUGUGCAUAAGGUGGAGUGUGUCGUCCCUUGGCUAAAUGAUACACUGGUGUUUUUCACCAUCUCGCUACAGCUUUGUCAACAGCUCAAAGACAAGAUCUCGGUCUUCUCCAGUUUCUGGAACUACAGACCUUUCUAAUCAGCUCACAGUCAACAUCUGACCCAAACAAGUGUGAAGGACAUGCUCUUAUUUAUUGGUUGAUAUUUAUAAGCCAGUCAUUCUGUUUCAAGUGUUGCAUGGUCGUCAGGAGCCAGUUAGGUGUGGCAGACAUGUUUGCUUUUCCCUAUUUGUGCUUUCCAGUGUACCGACAUUCCUCCGAUGUUUUGCAUUUCACAGGACUGACUAAUACCGCUCCAUGAAUGUAUGUUUUGUUUUCGGGUUUUUUGUUUUGUUUUUUUUUUUCCAUUUUAAACGUAUUUUUAUGUUCAAGCAAUGUUGCUUAAACAUAAAAUGUCAUCUGGUAUUUUCUAGUCUUUUGUGGUGUAAUGCUAAUCACUACACUCAGGUGAAAAGAGUGGAAAGGGAAAUAUGAUAUGGUCUGCAUUCACAGAUAUGGCUUUAGUGCUUCAUGUAUUCCCUAACUUUGAAAAUUCUGGGAAUUU